AUGGCGCCAACGAACAAAGUGCAACUGCCCGACGAGCUGGUCGACCACAUUCUCUACCUAGCAUGUACCUUACCCCCCCUUCGCACCGACGACUUUCGUGAGCCGUCCGACUUUGACGCUCACAGACUCAAGGCUCGCUCUUCAGCUCCGCAUCUUGAUAUACGCACCACCAUCAAGCUCCUCCUUCUCUCGCCACAACACUAUCCCUACAUUGCUUCCAUCCUCUACAAGGGUCCUCGCCUCUCGGAUCCUAUUAGCCUUUCGCUCUUCGCGCGUACCCUCACCAACCGUCCGGCUCUUGGUCGUCUGGUCAAGCAUCUAUGGGUUGGCCAUACCUACCAAGGCGAGGGUGUCCCGCCUAAUGCACUCACCUUCGGCCUAGGUGGAUCUCAGACUGCAUACAGCCUCAAUACCGAUCUUGCCACCAUAAAGGACGUGCGGCAGUGUCUUGCUCAGGGUAUCGCUCCUUCCAAUCUCCUCUCUCCUGCAUUUGAAAAGAGGAUCGCACAAUGGGCUGCCCAAAAUGUUCAGGCAAACGCGCGCACCAUUGACCCUUUGCGUGCCCCAAGAGGCAUUCACAUUGAUUCUCCUGGUUCCGGCGAUCGUGAUCAUCGUGGAUGGAACUCGAUCGGCAUUGAUGAAUGGGUCUUGCGUCUCUGGGACGGUCGUGACCUCGUCAAGCAGUUCAGAGAAGUUGCCAAACGCGCCUUCUUCCUUGAACUGAAGCGUCUCUCUCUGUCGGCCACCUCGAGCAGAUCCUCUUCCGCAUCCUCCUCCAAACCCUCUUCAUCUGAUGCCUCUCCACACUCAACAUCCCCUUUGACUGGCCCUUGUGCCCCACCGGCAUCCACUCUUCUCGACACCGACAUGGUUACGCCUUUUUCGGCCCAAGGCGCCGAGCAAAGGAUUCCAGGCACCGACAACGAUCCGCUCGACUGGGCCGAUGCUACCCAGGCACCCGAGCCCAACCGCUCUCGUACGAUCGACAACGACGAGCCCAUCUACUCGGAAGAGCUCGAUCUUGACGAGAUUGACGCUGAGCGCGACCGUUGCUUUGUAGAGAUGGGCGUUCAGAAGCCUGCAUGGCGCUCAUCCAAUUGGUCCGAAAUCGCAAAGGUCGGCGAUCAAAAGGUCGAGUGGUGGGUCGUCUGGAUCCUUGCCAAGACUAGAGCUCGUGCUCGUAUCGUGGCUCGUCGUAUCUGGCAAGCCGACUCGGCAAACGAUCCAAAGCUCCGCAAUUGGCGAGCGCUUCGUCCACGCCCCGAGCUCCACACAAAGAACCACUUCACCCAUCCCACGCUCUUUGCUCGUUCGGGCGCAAGCCACCUCCUUGUAGGCGGUGCACCACCUCCUACCAGGGACGAAGUCUACGGCGGACGUCAUGGCGAUUUCGACGGCAUGUCAGACUCGGACAGCGACGCUGUAUCCGAAGCUGACUCGUACACGGACGGCAGCGAUUACGACUCCGAGAUGGAAGCAUCCACCACUCGCAUGGACAUCUCGAUCGUUCGAGAACCAGUCUCCUCGCAUUCAGAGCACCACGGCACCAGUCGCACCGCCGCAGGCUCCUCUGGCUUCAGCCUACCCGAGUUCGCCGAACCCGAGCAACAGAAGCCCGAGGAUCCCGCCGACAUGUGGGGCGGCGAAUACAUCUUUGCCACAGGCAACGAGAGGGCUGGAGCCGGUAACAGUAUCUUGGGCUCUCGUGGUGGCAUGUUUGGCUUCGAUUCAGCCCUUCGCAACGGGCUUCUAGACGAACCUGACACAGGGCUCGACGAUGGAACUGAAUUCGCCACCUGGCAAAAGGAAAAGCAACGCAGACGAAAUGACGAAGAUCGCCUGCUCUCCGAAAUGACACUGGGCUCGAUCCUGCAAAGCUUGCGAACCGUCAUGAUGCUUACUCCCAAGCUCAAGGAUUUGGCGCUCGAUGGUGUACUGGAACGCAGCAUUUGCGGUCGUCGAGCUUUGUGCAAUAUGGGCAAGCUUAAAAGUCUCUCGCUGGGACCUCCGCCCCCUUACUGGAGUUCUCCUUUGCUGUUUGGUCAUCCCAUGAAGACGACGCGUCGCGAGAAGCUCAGCUAUCAUCAAAGGAUGCACGGUCCUUCAAGCCCCGACUUUGUUGAUGAUGGUCGUUCGCACAGUGUGUGGCCGCUGCCGGGUGUCUUGAUUCCUUCGCCAGCGUUCGCGACGCUGCGUACGCUCCACAUUUCUGGCUGUAUGCUUUUUCCAUCCGAGGCAAGGGCUGUGGGCGGUCUAGGUGGUCAGCUGCCCAAUUUGCGUCAUUUUAGAUGGUCGCUCUGGCAGCCACACGUCGAAGGCCAUCCCGUCGGCGUAGUAGAGACACUCUGUGCGAUCCUCGACAUUCCAACGCCUGAGGAAGAAGCUGCGGCAGCUGCAACUACGGGUCGAGCACAGGCGAUCGAAGCUUCUGGCUCGGCGUCAGGGUCCGGCUUCCGCUUUGGUACAUCCACCUCCAGCGCUGGCACGUACCGUGAGAUCGGAGAUCGAAAGAGGCGUCGACGACAUGACUCGCGCCGUUCUAAUCCGUUUAGCGUCAGUGGGUUCGGCAUGACUGACUCGAACCUCUCUUCUUCGUUGGGCAGCAACAUGACUUUGGCGGGCGCGUCACACGAGGCAAGCAUGUAUUCGCUCGUGACGCGCAAACGCAAGCUGCGCUCGGUCUAUGCGACGAUGCAUCCCACUGACCAGGCCAUCUUUGCGCGCAAAGCUCCUGCUGCUCUGCGUUACGAUACCAGGCUGACGAUAGAGACGGCGAAGUGCAAGAACGUCGAAGACAACCUCGAGGAGAUGCAGCGCUGGUGGGAAUGGGAAAGCGGCAUGUUGCAUUUCAAGCCUACCGUCUCGAACCUCGAUGCAAUCACUCAGGCAGCCAAGCGCAAGCAGAUGGCUGGUCCGCCUAGCUCCCUGUCGGCUCAAGAACUCAAUGCGGACCACAGCGGAAUCCAGAUGGAUCUCAGACGUGCUAUUGGCACUGAGCUCGAGAUCGAGCCGCGUUCUUGA